AUGCGAGAUAUUCUUUGUUUCUCUUAUUCAAUGUAUUCAAUUAUUCAUGAGACUGAUGAUUCGACAACAGUAAAUUUUAGUGAAGCUGGAAAAUUUUUUCCAGAAAACGGUCCCCAGUUGCUUACAAUUGGUGGCAAAUAUUUACGUAUUCAUCGAAUUAAUCCGUAUGGUUUAAUACCAGAAAAUGAUCAACAGUGGAAGCAAACUGCACGAUUAGAAUGUUUGUUAUUUGUUCGACUGUUGGCACCAGUUCGAUCACUUGCAAUUGCUAGAAUUCCACAAAACCCUGAUUUUGAUAGCUUAUUGCUUGCUUUUGAUGAUGCGAAAUUGUCAAUCGUUUGUAUUAACGCAGCUGAAAGAACUUUACGAACAGUUUCUUUGCAUUCUUUCGAGGAUGAACUUUUACGGGAUGGUUACGUUACAGAUUUGCCAAGUCCAGUAAUUCGUGUUGAUCCUAGUCAACGUUGUUGUGCAAUGCUUGUAUUUGGAAGACAUAUUGCAAUUGUGCCGUUUGAUGAUUCUUCAUCUCAUCUACAUAGUUACACUAUUCCAUUGUCAUCAGUAGAUUCUCGAUUGGUAAAUAUUAUUGAUAUGGUGUUUCUGGAUGGGUAUUAUGAACCGACUCUAUUAUUUCUUUAUGAACCAGCGCAAACAACUGCUGGACGGCAAGGAUUCGAUUUUUUUAAUUUUAAAAUGGAUUAUAUAAAAAAUGAGAAUUUUUAUAAAGCCUGUUUACGUUAUGAUACUAUGUGUAUUAUUGGUGUUUCUUUGAACGUUAAUGAACAAGUGCAGGCAGCUGUUUGGCAACUCACUAGUAUGCCAAUGGACUGCAGUUGGAUGCUACCCGUGCCCAGGCCUAUAGGAGGAAUAAUGGUGUUUGCCACUAAUUCAUUAAUUUAUCUGAAUCAGUCUGUUCCUCCUUGUGGAAUCGUGGUGAAUAGUUGUACGGAUGGUUUUACAAAAUUUCCGUUAAGAGAUAUGAAAAGCAUGGCAGUAUCUCUUGAAGGCUCUGUUGCAUGUUGUAUUGAUGUAAACAAGAUUAUAUUAUCUAUACGAGAUGGUAAAAUGUUCUUACUGACGUUGAAUAUCGAUGAAACGAAUUCUGUGAAAUCACUUGAUUUACAGGAACAAUUUGAAACGUCUAUUCCAUAUACAAUAUCCUUUCUUGCUCCUGGAUAUUUGUUUGUUGGAUCAAGACUUGGUGAUUCUAUGCUCAUACAAUAUACAUAUAAAAAAGCUACUGGCCUUGACGAAUCUCUUUAUAAGAAAAGCAAAGUUGAAACCUUAUCAGAGAAAGUCGAAGAAGAUGAAGAUAUCGAACUUUAUGGAAAAGCCCUACUUCCCGUAAGAUUAUUUUUCUGUCAUGAUUGUGAGCAUAUUAUCGAAUUUUCGAAAUUGGAAGAGCAAGGUACAGAAAAAUUAGAAUUUCGCGUUAUCGAUCGUCUUCCUAAUGUAGGCCCUUGUAAAAAAAUGACAGCAGGUUGUCCUCAUGGAAUAAAUUCAUAUUUUCAACAGAUUUCACGUCGUGAUCCUCUGUUUGAUCUGAUAUGUGCUUGUGGACAUAGUAAAGAUGCGAGCAUUUGCAUAUUUCAGCGAAGUAUAAGGCCUGAUAUCAUUACUAGUAGCGGCAUUGAAGGCGUUUUUAAAUAUUGGGCGGUCGGUCGAAGGGAAGAUGAUACUCACAAAUAUAUCAUUGCUUCGAAAGAAUAUGGCUCGUUAAUAUUGGAAACAGAUAACGAUUUAGUGGAAUUGGAAACACCAAUCUUCAUAACUUCUGAAUCUACAGUAGCUGCUGGUGAACUUGCAGAUGGUGGUAUAAGUGUACAGGUCACAACUUCGAGUGUUGUUAUAGUUGCUGAUGAUCAGCAGUUACAGUUCAUACCGUUGCAGCUUACUUUUCCUGCUAUAAGUGCAUCAAUAGUAGAUCCAUUUAUUGCAAUUUGUACGCAAAAUGGAAAGUUAUUGCUUUAUGAACUUGUCAACCAUCCUCAUAUUCAUCUAAAGGAAGUUGAAGUACCAAAUACUUUAAGGCAUAGCCAUUCGCCCAUUACUGCUCUUUCACUUUAUCGUGAUAUGAGUGGCAUUAUUCGGUUUUGUUCCGUCACAAAAUCUUCUCAACCGUCUAUGGGUGUAAGCAGUCUGUCAAAUGAAGAUUUUGACGACAUGGAUGAUUUUUUGUUAUAUGGCGAUUCCAUCAGAAAACAAAAGGAAACGAAAGUGAAACGACGUAUUGUCGGUUUACGGCAAGAAGCGCCAGCUUUAGAAACUGACAUAAUCGAUCCAAAUACCAUAGUGCCUUCACACUGGAUCGUGCUUGCUAGAGAAAACGGUAAUCUAUAUAUAUAUUCUAUUCCUGAGUUGCAACUAGUAUAUAUGGUCAGAAAAAUGUGCAAUUUGCAAGAUGUCGUUAGUGAUGAAUUAUCGACUGGUGACGAUAAUCUGGAUAAUUCAGAACUUAAUCUAAAUGCAAUUGGUGAUUCUUUUGCUCCAAAAUCGGAAGAGAUCAUUAUGGAAGUGUUAUUAUUUGGAAUGGGAAUGAAUCAGGCUCGUCCAAUGUUAUUACUGCUUGUUGAUGAUGUUGUUUCAGUUUAUGAAAUGUUUAUACAUGAUAAUGGUAUUCAGGGUCAUUUGGCCUUACGAUUUAAGCGAUUAAGAUUAUCGUCGGUCAUUCGCUCGAAUCGUUUUCAAAGCGCUGAAGGUCGGACAAAUCUAGAAGUCGGUAGGGACGCAGUUAGGCACAGAACGAUUCUGCAUCCUUUUGAACGAAUUGGCAACAUUCUUAAUGGUAUUUUCAUUUGCUCAUCAUAUCCAGUUUUCUUUUUCGUCGAUUCCGGAGUACCUCGUUUGCAUCCGCUUAAUCUAGAUGGUGCUCUUUUAUCAUUCACUACCUUCAACAAUAUCGUUUGUCCCAAUGGUUUCAUAUAUUUGACCGAGAAAAGUCGAAAAAUGCGCAUUGCUAGAUUGCCGAAUGAACUGGAACUGGAUGCCUCAUAUCCAUUCCGAAGAAUUCAUGUCGGAAAAACUAUUCAUCAAAUACUUUAUUUAAUGCUGCCAAACGUUUUUGUGUUAUCAACUAGUGGACCGAAAAUUGUAAAAAAAUUGUGUUUAUCUGUUAAUGAAGAAAAGUCAUUUGAAGAGUUUGAGCGAUCAGAUACCUUUAUUUAUCCAGUUGCUGAUCAAUAUAUGUUGCAGUUAUAUUCACCAGAGGAUUGGAAACCCAUACCAAAUGCUGAAAUCAGAUUAGAUGAAUUCGAAGUGGUAGCCGCAUGCGAAGAAGUAUUGCUGAAAUCUGAAAGUACAGUUUCGGGUGUUCAGAAUUAUCUCGCUGUUGGAACAUCAUAUAAUUACGGUGAAGAAGUAUUGGUUCGUGGGCGAAUCAUAUUAUCUGAAAUAAUCGAGGUGGUUCCGGAACCAGGUCAGCCUACAACGAGGCAUCGUAUAAAGACGUUAUAUGAUAAGGAGCAAAAAGGUCCAGUAACAAGUUUAUGUUCUUGUAAUGGAUUUCUUCUCACAGGAAUGGGUCAAAAAAUUUUCAUCUGGGCAUUUCGUGAUAAUAAUUUGCAAGGUAUAUCAUUUUUGGAUAUGCAUUUUUAUGUUCAUCAUCUCGUAGGCAUACGAAAUCUGGCCCUAGCUUGUGAUAUUUAUCAAUCUUUAGCGUUAAUACGUUAUCAGGAGGAAUUCAAGGCAUUAUCCUUGGCUAGUCGUGAUAUGCGUAAUGAAAUUAAAUUUCCAAUGGUGUCACAGUUUCUCAUCGAUAACAAACAAAUGGGUUUUGUUAUGUCUGAUGAAUUUAGUAAUAUAACUGUAUUUAAUUAUUUACCUGAAACACUUGAAUCUUGUGGUGGGGAAAAACUCAUUGUUAGAGCUGAAAUAAAUAUCGGUACCAAUGUGAACACAAUGAUCCGCGUUAAAGGCCACGUAUCAAGUGGCUUUAUUGAAAGUGAACAAUUUUCUCUUGAACGUCAAAGUAUAAUUUUUGCAUCAUUGGAUGGAAGUUUUGGGUUUAUUCGGCCAUUAACUGAAAAAGUAUUUCGUCGCUUACAUAUGCUUCAGCAAUUAAUCUGCUCUACAGUAAUACAAGCAGCCGGCUUGAAUGCUAGAGGUUCUCGAGCCGCGCGCCCAUUAAGGCCAAGUCAUUAUCUGAACACUCGUAACAUAGUGGAUGGUGAUGUUGUUAUGCAAUAUAUGCAUCUUUCAUUAACGGAGAAGAACGAUCUAGCGAGAAAAUUGGGAACAAGCCGUUAUCAUAUAAUGGAUGAUCUCACUGAAAUUUAUCGUGUAACUACUCAUUACUGA